AUGGACUUCACUUUCCACGAAGGCGUCAAUGGCUCCUCGCCCUGGGUCGAAUUCUACCCUUACAACCCAUCCCAAACAGCCGGCUACGCCUUCAUGGCCAUAUUCGGCAUAACGACUGUUAUCCACAUCAUCCUGAUGUUUCCCUACAAAGCAGCCUACUUCAUCCCUCUCAUCCUCGGCGGAAUAUGCGAGACAUUUGGAUAUUACGGCCGAGCCUGGUCCCACAAUAACAGAACCCUCAUAAAAUCCUGGGCCCUCCAACAAAUGCUCAUUCUCUGCGCACCACCUUUCGUCGCCGCAACGAUCUACAUGGUCCUGGGUCGAAUCAUCCGCGCCUUCGACGCAGAGCAUCUCUCCCCCAUGCGCACGAAACGCAUAACCGUUCUCUUCGUGCUAAACGACAUCGUCUGCUUCUUCACCCAGCUCGGUGGCGCCGGCGUCCAGAUCACAGGUGAUCUGCAGGUCAUGGAUAUCGGACGCAAGGUCGUCCUCGUCGGACUCGUGUUUGCGCUCGUGGUGUUCCUGGUGUUUGUCUGGAUCGCCUGGGUGUUUCAUCGCAGACUGGCUGCUGACCCGACGAGGGUGGCUGCCGCCAACCCGGACUUGAAUUGGAGGAGAUAUAUGUGGGCGAUCUACGCCAGUUGCUUGUUCCUGAUGGUAAGGAAUUUGGUCAGGUUGGUGGAGUUCGGGGCGGUUAAGUCGGCUUUGAAUCAGCAGGAGGCGUAUAUUUAUGUCUUUGAUGCGGCCAUGAUGUUUCUCUCGAUGGCGGUUUUGGUCUUCUGGCAUCCGGGGUUGUUGAUUAAGAAGCGAGACGCGCUGGGGAGGCUGGCAGGUUGUGUGCUGGGUUUGGGCGUUGGUGGUGUUUUCUUUGUUUGGUUUCUGCUCAUAGAGGUCUAUUUUCCUUUUUGGAUUGGGUUGUAA